AUGAAUGUGAUUUUUGUCAAUUUUUUUAUUCGAUACCUUUGGAUGGAAUAUUAUCAAACAAUUUAAUAUAUUGUUCAAAGCAGAUACCCUUAUAUGGAUAGCAUAAUUAAGUUUGAAGAGUAUAAGGGUGUGAUUAAUUGUAAUGAUGAUUAUGUGAUAUGUCUCCCGUAGAAUGAAUACAUUUGCUUAGAAGAGCUAAUGGAAUUAACAAGAUCUCAAUAUAUUAAGAUAUAUAUUGGAUAAGUAAUAUUGAUUGUUAAUAGAAUUUUGGAAAAAUUAAAUAAAUUAUUUGAAGGUCAAAAAAUGACUCAUGGAAAUUUGUGUCCAAAAAAUAUCUAUAUUUAGUUAAAUGAACAAAAAUUUAAUAUUAUUCCAAUACAGGUAGAAAUAGCUAAAAUCCAUUUUGUCAAUUAUGCAUUUGUAAAUUAAAACCAAUUCUAAUUAAAUAGAAUUAAAGAUAUUAAAGAUGUGAAAAAUUCUAUUAUAAGUUGGAUUUCUUAAUAUAAAACAAUAAGUGAUAUUAAAGAUUUAAUAGGAACUCUAGAUUAACAAAGUUCCUUGGGUUCUAUAAUAAAAUUAUUCACCAAUUUCGAGAAUCAUUGUUUAUUUAAUCUUUUAAUUAGAUAUGAUUGUAUAUAUCCCUGGAAAUUCAAAAAUGAUAAGUUUACUUUUAAUGAAGAUCAAAGGAAGAAUUCCUUAAAUAAGGUUCAAAAGUUUUAUCAAGAUUAUUAUCAAUAAUAAGAUAGAUAUAUAGAAUCUUGGUUCAAGCAUAGAUACGAUAUCCAUUAAGAUCAUCCAUUUUAAUUAGAAAUGAAAGAGAUUUAUAAAUUGAUUUUGGCUCAUAACUAAAAAGAUAUAUUUAGAAUCUUUUAAAUUUAAAGUGUUGAGUUCUUUAACGAAUAUUAUGAGAACUCUGAACUAGAUGGUAUUAUUAGAUAAAUUAAGGAAAAUCCAAUUUAUAAACAUUAAUAAAUACAUUAAUACUAGAUGUAAUAUAUAGGAGAUCAAAUUGAUCAUCUUGCUUAAAGAUAGGUAUCCUUUCAGCAAAAAAUAUAAAAUAUAUGGAAUACAUAAUUAAAAUUAAAAUUAUUAACAAAGUAAUAGAUUGCUUCUGCUUAUAAAAUAUUAUUAGCCUAUGAAUUAUCAAAAAUUAACUGUGAUGAAAUGAAGGAAUAUAAUAAAAUCUAUUAAAUCAUAUGUUUAUGUUUAGAAUAAUAAAUAGAUCAAUGUUUGGACGUUUAAUUAAAAAAAAAAAAUACUAAAAUUGAUGAAUGA